AGCCUCAAAGUUCUGCGUGUGUUGUUGGUUCUGUAGUUCGAGGACAAAUGGAAUAAUUGCAUUAGACAUGGAGUAAAUGUCCUGGUGAACAAAGAAUGGUGUUACUGGGUUUGCAGUCGCGGCGUUCUCACCGUCCGACGUUUGGAAAUAUUGCUGCCAGCGCGCCUCUUGGAGUGCUCCUGGUCCUUCUUCUAGCUGUAUCUGAUGCUCUUAACGUUCAACCAGAAAAGCCUUUGGUACGAUUGACAGCCCAGCUGCGCAGCUAUGCACGCGACAAUAACGAGCUUGCGCUUGCAGCACUUGGAAGCGUGAAGACCACAGCAAAACGUACUUCUACCUCUGCGGAAAGCACAACUUCUCCUGCAGAUUCACGAGCUAAAGGGAAGAAUUAUGGUGGUGCCUUUCGCAGCUCCACUAGACGUCCGCACUUCGAGCGCAACACGAGAACCGGUGAACUAGAGGUAAGCAAUGUACGCUUCCAGAUUUCGUCGAAUCUUUCUGGGAAGGGGGCAGCCGUCUUCUCACCCACGCGAGCGCACUUGCUGGCAGCAACGCAAAGAAAGAGCGCAGAGGCCGUGAAGGACCGUGCAGACGACGUACUUGUUGUGCAGAUCAUGAGUGACGUAGAAGCCCCUGCUCAACAAGGUUCGCAGGCUCAAAAGACAAGGAAUGCUGAGGACCGUGGCGGAAGAGAGGUCGUCGCGUCUCUACGCUGGGAUGAUACAAUCGAACAGACUGGGUGGGCACAACUGAAGGCUGGAAUACCAGAAGCAACAGCUGCUGCACAACCGGAGCUGGCUAUGUUUUCGGUUGGUUUUCUUGAGUAUGGCCACUAGCUUGUGAAUGAAAUUGGUUGCUUCCAUCAUCUGAUCGAAAAUAGAUUUUAAGAAAAGGUGAUGUCACCAUGCAGCUACUUCACGUCGAUUCAAAAAUUUAGAUAUACCGAUACAGAUGAUAAGUUUGAAUAACCCUAAGAUACGCAUGCGAAGUCGCAUGUCUAAUUUGAGGGUCUGGCUUCUGCGACACGGAUCGCUCAAUUUCGACAUAAUGCGAACAGCAUGCUGCAACGCUCAGAUGUGGAUCAUCAUGCUUUGGGCAAUAUCCGCAAAAUGCUAGCGCACAAGGUUGACAAUAUCCUCUUGGCUACAAGAGCGUCGUCGUCUCCAGCGCCUCGUCAGCGAGAGGGGAACCCAGAAGAUGGCAGCGAGCGUGCGUCUUCUACUUCCAAAGAGCAGACAGCAUCUACGCCGACCAAGCCAGCAGACACCACGACUUCUACGAUGAUGAUGGGUCAACAGCUUCUGCUGCGAGAUCGCAGAGACGAAACUGUUGAGUCGUCGGCUGAGAAAGCAACAGCUGCCCGCAGGAAGCUUUGGAGCACACACGCAUCCUACAGUUUGUUCCAGCUUCUGGGAAUUAGAGACGGCUUUAACUAUUUUCACCAGAAGUACCACCAAACCCAAUUUCAGGGUCACGGAGGCAAGGAGAUGGAAGUCGAACCAUCUAUGACUCUAGUGGAUCUGCUUCUGCUGAAUAGUGAUGGAGAAACACCGGAACUGCAGGUCGCCUACGACAUGCAAGAAUAUCUGAUGCGGCAAGAAAGCGAUGAUCCGGUCAGCGAGACGAAGGAAUCAUUCAUGACAUCAUCGUCUGGCGAGGAUGAAAGCAGUUCGCUUAUCGCUUCAUCAAUUAGUGGACGUGUCAGCUUGUUACAGACGCUAGCUGCUGUCAGGAGGGGAAGCGAAGAAAAGAGACAGACCGCCAGUCGUGCGAGUCAACGUUCGGAUCGUUUACACGCAAACAGUCGUCAGAAGAUCCGCGAAAGGUAUUGAAGAUUCAUUAAAAUAAUCAGUUUCAAUCUUGUAGCUGCCAUGCAAAAAAUAGGUAAUAUUUUUCCUGCUUCGCUAAUGGUAUCAGUGACAAUGAAGAUCAGGAUGUGCGUUUGGGAUGAUCUGCGCGACGGCCGUCGAAACCCAGAUGAAGCUACAAGGAUUCAUGCUCGUUUUGAAUUCAUAUCGAACCACCAUCUUCAGAAAACUGAGAAUGCGUCGCCACGCUAAGAAGAGGCUCGAUGAGCGAGAGUGGCAGCGGAUCCAGCGACGUGGAGGCCGCUGCUCUGCGCUUGUCAGGUUGACCGAUGAGGAUGUGUUCAUUGGACACACGACCUUCUCAGAUUACUCCGAAAUGCUUCGCGUUUUCAAGUACUACGACUUUCCAUUCGCCGAUGCAGCUGCCCGAACGAUCGCGUUUUCCUCGUAUGUAAGGAAAGACUUUAUACCUACAACAAAACAAGCGUAGUAUUGUAGUACCAAUUCUCGACAAAAAUUAUAUAUGUUCCAGGGCGCGGGGCGACGGCCCCCCCCUAGCGGGGGGGGGGCGAGCGCCCUGGACCCCUUUUGGAGGCGUCUGCCGGGGGCGGAAGGCCUCAAAAGGGGGCCAAGGGGCUGCCUCCUUCUCGUUUGCAUGUACCCUACAGACUUGAGGGACCCCCCAUGGUGGUGGGAGGCUUCAAAAGGGGCCCACGGGAUCGCCUGCGCCCCCGUUCAGGUGCCUGCCUGUGCCCUCAGUGCAUCCGUUAGGCUUCGCCGCCGCAACAGUGCACCAGCAACGGAAGGCCUCCGAAGACGGCAAAAGGCGAGGGGCUGGACCCUCGGGCCCUUGGUCAUCGGCUUGCCCUUGUGACCGUGGCCGCCUCCGGCGGCUUUUUACCCCGGAGGCCUCCUGACUGCGAGGGUCAGCAGAGGCCAGGCGGUCCCUUCGGAACACGCUGAGAGGCCCAAGGGGAGGCCCGCGCCAAGUUUUGACGCCUUCCACCACUAGAAUCCGCGAAAAAUCCGCGCGGAAAAGCGCGCGGGCGCGCCACCACAGACCAGACCACAGGGGGGGGGAGGGGGGGGCCGUGCGGCCCUGGAUUAUAUAUAAUAUGAGGAAUAGCGCUUCGCCAGAAGUUGAUAGAAGCGGUGGGCGCGGAGUCCAUCUCCGUGUCCGUCGCGCCACAUGCUUAGCUCUCUCUUUGAUUGCUCUGUUGUAAAUCAGCGUUUUGCAUAAGCGUUCUCCCCUCUUUCAUUUUUUCCUGGAAUCGCUGGAAGUACGGACGACUACUACCUAACUUCAGCUGGCUUAGCAGUUACUGAGACGACCAUUUCGAUGUUGAGCGAUGAGCCCUACGACCACAUACCUGACCAGUUUGGUGUCCCCGACGCUCUGCGUAUCAUGCUUGCCUCACGCUUGGCGCACACUGGUCGUGACUGGGUCGAUUUUAUGGUCGAUAGCGGUACUGGUACCUAUAGCAGCCAAUGGCUCGUCGUCGACACAAACCAGAUUAUCAGGGAUGAAAAAGAGAACGAGAGGAAAAGCAUAGUAAAUGCUGAUACUAUCACUGACGGAGCGGUUGCACCAUCUGCAAAGAAGAAACAGGCUCAAUCUUCAUCGGAACUCCAACUGCUGAAGCGAAAAAAAAAUGAUGAACAAACUCUUCUAGUUGCCAAGAACGAGAAGGGCAAAAAACAAAAGAAGCUGACAAUUCGUGAAGGUGCUUUUUUUGUUCUCGAUCAGGCACCGAAUAUGGAUCACGUUGAAGACAUGACACCGUGGCUGCAAGAGCAUGGCUACUGGGCCAGUCACAACAGACCGUGGUUUGAGGACGUUCGCGAGAAGCUAAGCUUGCAGGAGGCGGAAGAAAACCAUGGACGGAUUUUCAGCCGGGAUCGGGUAAAUACAUGAAUUCUUUGAGUAUGGACAAUGACGUGUCAACGUCUCUUGUGCAGCUCACGCAAAUUCAAACAGCAUGUAGCAGUUAUCCUUCUCCUGAUCGCAAGUAUGUAGUUUUCUCUUUUACGAUCUCUUGGCCCGAGGAAAUUGAAAUUCCUUAACGUCUCAGUAGAACUGUCCUUUUCCACCUUUAGGGCCCUCGAGCAAACAUUUUUCAUGGCACCGCACCAAACGUCUUUUCUUUGACCGAUAUGCAACGCGAGAUGCAACGAAACCGGUAUCCCCACGAAUUAGAUGGCGGCGAGCGAAAUACUCCUGACCAUGCGAUUGCUGCUCGUGGGGACCUGUUUCUGAAAGGCGACUAUGAUACGGUGGAUCCGGUGGGGCAACUAGCUGUAGGAGAAGUAGUCGACAAGAAGAAGUCUUCUGAUUCUACUAACUUCGUAAAGGCUCCAGAAUUCGUUGUACAGGGCGGCGGCGGAGUGCCUAAUGGGGCAGUAGACAGCAAGGUUUCGGAUUUGGACAUGAUCCGCGAACUGCGCGCGAUGGCGAUUAGCGGACCGACGACCGAUGAGCACCGUUUGCCAACUUUCGCGUGGCGAGACUCAAAGGGAACAGAGUUGUACGAUCCAGCCCUCUUCCCACACGAGGGCCUACCAAACAUGUGGAAUUUUCCCUGGAUGGAUAUGAAACCAUAAAACAACCGGAUCAAAAGCUCGAUGAAUAGAACCAGAUAUUUUUUGUAGAUAUUUUUUGCAGUUGUAAUUGUACAGCUACAUAUAAUUGUAGUUAUGGUGCUUCAAAGGCUCUAGUACGAGAAUGAAUGAUGUAGAUGUGUUGAGCAAGUACAAGCCGAGAAAAUUAUUAACAAAUGACGAACCCCAAUUCAUUGCACAGUACCAGCUUCUAGCUGAAUUGAAAGAAGAAAGUGAGGCGGCUACUGAUUUGAUUUUCCAUUGGGCGGUUACGUAACAAAAAAUCAUGAGAAAAGGAAAUGCACUACAAAUAUAAUUCGUUUUUUUUUCCGAGCAUGAAAGAACCCGAAUGUCCUGUUUUGCAGAUGCGUAAAAUUCCAUGCAUAGGUUGACGUUGACUCAGAUGGAGGAAAUGGGACGUAAAAAGAUUGAACCAAGGAGAAUGCACAGCCGUUGAAGAUGAGCCAAGAAGCAGCCUUUUUCCAGAUAAUGAUCGAAGAUAUACCAGAUCAGAGUCAGGGAUGAUAAGACGCC